AUGGAGUCCAACAUGGACGCUUUAAUCACGCACAAACAGAGGGAAGAAGAGAUUGAGUGCUGGGACGAUGAUGAAGACCUACACUGUGGUGAUGGCAUACAGCUGCGUACGGUCUCUGCUACCACGUCCGUCACAGGAUCUUCCGUUCGCCCGUCGGGCCACCGCGACUCAAUCUCGUCUCGACGUUCUUGGAGGUCAGACCGUGAUUCUAAUUUGGGUGACGAUGAAAGCUGGCAGCUCUUACUGAACCCUAGCGAUGACUCGCCAAAUCAGGACGCAAUCAUAUCAGCUAAGAAUGCAGGGAUACCGAUCCCGCCUGAUAUACCAACUUCGGCAUUGCUCGGAGGGUCAAUAAAGAGGCUGGGUGGCCGGAAACAAAAAGCUACUGUGGGAGACGACUGGCUGGAAGACCUUGACCUUUCAGCUUUUGAAGCAAAGCCCAAGGUCAAACUAUACCACGAAACUACGGCACCGGAUUCAUUGCUUCAUUUGGACUCUUUGCCUGCUCCGAAAUUUGAUAAACAGGCAGAUGCCCAUUCUUUUGUCCUCCAGGACCUCGUCAAAUUUCGUGACACAGAGGAGGACAUGUUGUUUGGUGACGUAUCUACAAUAAAGAUCACCAAGACUCGAUCUAACCAACACACAAACACACCCACAAGACUAGACACGCGUGCGAAAGAUGAUGAUUUUGAGUCUGAAUUAAUCUUGCCCGAUGAUGGUACACCUCUGCGCCUCUCCAAACGCCGGGAUGUGUCCCUUACUUCCGAUUUUCUGUCCGAUGAUUUUGACACUGAAUGGGCAGAAGGCAGCAUUGGUGUCCGUUUUGGGGGUACCCGAAGGGAUGGCCGCUCCAACCGUAGCUCAUCCGUAGGAGCUCUCAGCCCGAGCAUGUCAAGCUGCCUAACCAUCGAAAGCGAAGACGAUGGCAUUGACGGGUUGAUCCUCCCAGACGGCCCAUUGGACCUCGAGAAGUCACUUCAAAGGAGGAACAGGCCACAAUCACCACCACCUAGUAUCCCGGAAACACCCACUGGACAACAGACCACUCCCAGUGGUAAGAGCCCGAAACAUAGCGAACAAAUGAAUGAUGAUUUCUUUUCGGGCAUCGAGAUAGGAGAUGGCGAAGCUUUUGACUCUGGAAAGCUGACCCUUAAUCGAAACGUGAAACGAAGAAUUGAACCGCCGUCAACGCCUCCUCGACGGGGGGCAACAAGCAUUACAUUCACCAACAAGGCUUCUACUGCGGGUACGCGGAUACCACGACUCUCUACCCACGAGAGACCUCAUUCUACCUAUCUGGAACCUGUUUCCGAAAGUGGGGCGCCUGUCUCUCAAACUCCAAGGCGUCCUCACUCCCGUUUAAGUGGUCACACAGCGCAUUCAUCGUUAACAAAUAUACCACUGCCGAACUCUCUAGUAUCUAACCUCUCGCCACCCAGUCGAAGAGUCCUCGGAACUAGGCCUUCCAAAGAGGUGUUACGAGGUGAACUUGUGAGCACCAACUCGCAGAUGCUCAAGUCCAAGCGUUCAGCGCCCGUUAUCCGCCCUUCAUCUGGAGGAGCCACUGCUUCCCAACCCCAAAUUUCCCCGUCAAGGCAGGUCAGCCACAGUAAGCCAGCAGCCACAUCUCGUCCCAAAACACCAGUUGACCGUCAUGGAACCGAAUCUCGUCUCCAUUCGCAACGCCGGCCCCAGGUACCUUUCCUUCCAGCAGGCGUAUCCCCGAGCAAAUCUCAUCAUGUCAGUGUCAAAUCCAGUCGACACUUCCGUCGAACCGACUCAGAAAGUUCAGGGGACAUGCUUAUGAACCCAAGAUCUACAUCUAGGUCUUCAAAGCGAACACGCUACGACAGCUCCGGUCGCCCUAUAAACUAUUCUGGAGAUACCAUCGCUGCUACCGCAAAACAAACCAUCACUAAACCCACUCGCCGGAAGAACUUUGGUGAUGGUACUGAACUUGAUAUAUUUGAUGACCUUCCAACCUCCGCAUCCCUUGAGAGCAGAUUCAUGAAGGCUCCCCUUAAACGCGGUGCACCACGCUCCCUGCGAAGCAAAUUGAGUCAGUCACACAUCACAGCUCCGAGGACAGAAACUCCCGUCCCAUCCACAGGGCCGAUAAGCCCACCAGCGCAGGACUCAACGCCUAGAUUUGCGCGGGACACAAAUGCAUCCCGGAAUGCACGAGAGCAGCGCAUAAUAUCAAUGGGUAACAACCUACACGGCGGCCCACUCACUUCUCUGAGCGUAAACUGGAAGACCCAGCCUAGCAAUCGGCCUCUGGCCAGCCCUUCACUUCCACGGAGUCGCCAUGGCCAUAAACACUCCCUUAGCCGACCCCAUCUCAUCAAGCCAAUGGGUAAUGGGGUCCAUGACGCUAAAAAUGUCAAAGGUAUGCAAUAUAACCCUGCACUUUACAAGUGGGAAGGUAAUGAGAAUGCUACGGCCGCAUUCGAGACGCAGCCAACGCCUGCGUCCUUAAAACCGUCCCCAGCCCUCAUCUCCAAUGUAGGAGGCAUUUCAGGAUCCCAGGUGGUUGGCGGAAUGGUGUUCGACCCCCAGCGUAUGUGCUGGCUUAAAGCAUCUAACUCCCGACCGGGAAGUAAAUCCGGACCAUCACUUUCCGUUGAUGAAGAGGAGGAUGUUUUUGCUGGCCUUGACGAUCUGGAGGACCACCCUCGAAAGUCCAUUGUAGCAUCCACCGCCCCAUCUUCCCCAGGUUGCAUUGAAGCCGAUACCAUGAAUCUGGAUGAUAAAAGUGGAGGCGAAUCAUCAGACGAAUGGGCGAUUACAGAAGAGUUCGACGUUGGGCCUGAGUUUAUCAAACGACAGCGUGCCGAGGAAGAAAAAUGGAGACGAAAAGUCGGCAAGUGGAUAAAUGAAGACCGAGCCAGACUGGGUGAUGAAUGGCGCUGGGCCAUUCGUAACCUAGUAGGUAAGGGCAAAGCUGUCUGA